GUUCCCCCUGAGCAGCGGGAGCGAACCCCCAGCCUGGAGUUUGAGACCCCACACAUUAAGGAGGAACAAGAGGAACUCUGGACCAAUCAGCAAGAAGAGCAGCUUCAGGAUAUCACCAAGCUGCCGUUCACUGUUGUCCUUGUGAAGAGUGAGGAUGAUGAAGAGGAAGCUCAGUGGAACAGAGACGGCCGCCGCUCCACUGGACAGAUGGAAGCAGGAGACGGUGGAGAGGAACGAGCCAGGAACCCAGAACCUUCCUCUGAGGCUGAGAUUGAUGACAGUGAUGACUGGGAUUGGACCAGAGAAGCUCAGUCAUGUUCAACCCCACCGAGUGACGUCCCUCUCAGUCAUGACAGUCCUGAUGUGGGAGAGAAACCAGCUUCCUGCUCCAAGACCAAGAACACAGGAAAGAGUACAUUCCCCUGCUCCCUCUGUGGUAAAGGGUUUGCAAAGAAAGGAAACCUCAAGAUACACAUGAUAAUCCACACUGGAGAGAAACCAUUUGUCUGCUCCGUCUGUGGGAAAGGUUUUACACAGGAAGGAAACCUCAAGCAGCACAUGAGAAUCCACACUGGAGAGAAACCAUUUGUCUGCUCCUUCUGUGAGAGAGGUUUUACACAGGAAGGAACCCUCAAGCAGCACAUGAGAAUCCACAUUGGAGAGAAAACAUUCGUCUGCUCCGUCUGUGGGAGAGGUUUUGCACAGAAAGGAAACCUCAACAAACACAUGAGAACCCACACUGGAGAGAAACCAUUCGUCUGCUCCGUCUGUGGGAGAGGUUUUACACAGGAAGGAACCCUCAAGCAACACAUGAGAAUCCACACUGGAGAGAAACCAUUUGUCUGUUCCGUCUGUGGUAAAGGGUUUGUAAGGAAAGGAAAACUCAACAUACACAUGAGAAUCCACACUGGAGAGAAACCAUUCGUCUGCUCCGUCUGUGGUAAAGGGUUUGCUGAGAAAGGAACCCUCAACAAACACAUGAGAAUCCACACUGGAGAGAAACCAUUCGCCUGCUCCGUAUGUGGUAAAGGGUUUGCUGAGAAAAGGAACCUCAAGAUACACAUGAGAAUCCACGCUAGAGAAAACUUGUAGAGACGCAGUCCUGUGUGUGUGUGUGUGUGUGUGUGUGUGUGUGUGUGUGUGUGGGAGAAGCUUCAUCAAGCAUCAUACAAAUGUAAGCAAACACAAGUGUGUCGGUGAGAGCAGCAGCAGGAGAUGCUUCAGAGUCAAUGCUGAUGUUAGAGAUGCAGCACGUCCCAACACAUUUGGUUACAUAUCUUGUGUUAACCCUUAUACCAUGUUUUAAAUGCCAUCCAUUCACCCUGUAAGGACUCAUUGUUAUGAGUUAUUGUCAUUGUUAUAAUUAUAAAUAUAAAAUGAGUUAAUUAA